GCAAGAAAAGAGAUUCUGAUCAAGUUAUCUCUGUUAUGUUAUCUCUGUCAUAUUAUCUCUGCAAUAGCACCGCGCAAGCUGUGAAAUAAAGUGUACAAAAAUUUUAUUUUCCUUUGAAGUAAAGAAAUAAAGUCAUUAGCUAAUUAUGUCUGAACCAAGUCCAUUGCAGUCCGUUGCUAUAGCUGUAGGUGCUGGACUACUAUAUCACUUUCUGAACACGUCUUCCGAGAAAAAAGUCCAAUUGAUUGAGAACUUCCAACAAUGUGUUGAAGCCGUUAAUAUUUUAAGGAAGCAUUGCAAUGAAGUGCCGGUACUCGGCUUAGACUGUGAAUGGGUGAACGCUCCGAAUGUGUCCGUAUUGCAGUUAUGUAGUCACAAGGGAUAUUGUGCUGUUAUAAGAUUAUGUAAAAUGGAUACUAUACCCAUGUCCCUGUGCAAUCUACUAAUUGAUCGCAAGGUGGUUAAAGUUGGUGUUGGCAUCAAAAAAGAUUGCGAAUAUUUGGAAGAAUGUGACCUACCGACAAAAUCUGCAUUGGAUUUGCGUUUUGUGGCCAAACUGACCGGAGCAAAAGCGCAAAACUUGGCCGAAAUGUAUAAGGCUGUUGUGGGUGGUACCUUGACAAAAGAUUUACAGCUAAUCCGAUCCGAUUGGGAGGCGGACACGUUGACUCCUAAACAAGUUCAAUAUGCUGCUGAUGAUGCUAAAGCUGGCAUAGAGAUCUAUAAAGCAUUAUCCAAUAAAGUGUCAGAUGUAAAAGUUUUCGAGAAAUAUUAUGAUAUGGACUACGUACCUCGUAGCCACAAUGAUUUGGGAAGUGUGGCUUCAGAUGAAUGUUGCCUUCAGUAAAUACUUAUAUCGAGCUCUUUUCGUGAAUAUGACCUAAUCGACAAAAAUCCCAUUUUACAGGAGAAGAUUUUUUAUGCUUAAAAAAUUGUCUGAUUUAAUAAACUGUCUUUUUUAAAUGUAUGUAAAACUA